AUGCCACCGAGAUUUACUUUGACGCUCAAUGCGUCGGCUACCAUGCGCGCCGUCGGCCGAUUGGCGCCCCGAUAUGCGCGGUACUCAACCGAGGCCAACACCGGGCCCUUACUUCGGGUCACAGACCUCCCCGCCCCCAACUCGGGUCACAUCCGCAUCCUCGAACUCAAUCGGCCGGCGGCACGCAAUGCCAUCUCCCGGGGGCUGCUGUCGUCCCUGCGCGACGAGAUUGACGCCGUCCACGCGCAGUACGACGCCGCAACGGGCGAGGAAAUCCCGACCCCGUCAUGGAACAAACGGUUCGGCGGCGUGGCAGGCGAGGAUGAGAAGGGUCCGACACGGGCCCUGAUCCUCGCGUCGGCGGUCGACACCUCGUUCUGCGCCGGCGCAGACCUCAAAGAGCGCAAGACCUUCACCCAGGAGGAAACCGCCGCAUUCCUCCUCAACCUCCGCACAACCCUAACCGCCCUCUCCGCCCUCCCCGUCCCCACCAUCUCCGCCAUCUCUUCCCUCGCGCUCGGCGGCGGCCUCGAGCUGGCCCUGUCCACGCACUUCCGCGUCCUGACCUCCAACGCCGUCGUCGGCCUGCCCGAGACCCGGCUGGGCAUCAUCCCGGGCGCGGGCGGCACGCACCGGCUGCCGGCGCUGAUCGGCGUGGGGCGGGCGCGCGACCUCAUCCUGACGGGCCGCCGCGUGUCGGCGCCCGAGGCGUAUUUUCUUGGUUUGGCGGACCGGCUGGUGGAGAUUGCGCCUGAGAGUGAGGAGCAGGCGAAAGAGUGGCAGGCGAUGGAGGGGAAGGAGCGUGAAAAGGUGGUGCUGGAUCUGGCGCGGCGGUCGGCGCUGAGUGAGGCGGUCAGGUUGGCGGGGGAGAUUUGCGAGGGCGGGCCGAUUGCGGUGCGUGCGGCGAUUCGGGCGGUGGAGGAGCCGAGCGAGGCGGUGGAAGAUAAAAUGUAUCAGAGGGUAGUGAGGACGGAGGAUCGGGAUGAGGCGUUGAGGGCGUUUGCGGAGAAGAGGAAGCCUGUGUUUAAGGGGAGGUGA